AAAUAUCGCAACACACGAAUCCUUUGCAGCCACUACUACCACUAUAACUCUUUCUCUCUCUCUAUAUAUAUAUAUAAUUUUUUUUGAGACGUCUAUAUAUAUAAUUAAUCGAUAAUAUCCCUUCAUUAAUUUGCAUAUCAACUUGUGACAAAUAUGGGGUCCUUUCGCAACGAACACGUGAACGAACCUCUUCUCCACCACAAGCCGCCGCCGCCGCCGCCGCCGGCGGUGGAGGAAGCUAGCUCGGAGUUAGAACAAACACUCUCCGACGCCACGUUGUCUUGGCGGCGGCGCUAUCAGAAAGCCCUGGUGAUCGAGAUGAGGUACCUUUUCCGGCUGGCCGGCCCCGCCGUCAUAGUCUACUUGCUAAACAACGUGACUUCCAUGUCCACCCAAAUCUUCUGCGGCCAUCUCGGAAAUCUCGAGCUCGCCGCCUCCUCCCUCGGCAACAACGGCAUCCAGCUCCUCGCCUACGGCAUCAUGCUGGGAAUGGGCAGCGCGGUGGAGACGCUGUGCGGCCAGGCCUACGGCGCCGGCCGCUACGAGAUGCUCGGCGUCUAUAUGCAGAGAUCGACGGUGCUGCUCACGGCGGCGGGGAUCCCGCUCACGGUGGCCUACGUCUUCUCGGAGCCGAUCCUCCUCUUCCUCGGGCAGGCGCCGGAGCUGGCGGCGGCGGCGGCGCUCUUCGUGUACGGGCUGAUCCCGCAGAUCUUCGCGUACGCGGCCAACUUCGCCAUCCAGAAGUUCCUGCAGGCGCAGAGCAUCGUCAACCCGAGCGCCUACAUAUCGGCGGCGGCGCUGGCGGCGCACGUGGCCCUCACGUGGGUGGCGCUGUACGUGUUCCGGUGGGGGCUGCUGGGGGCCGGGCUGGUGCUGAGCUUCUCGUGGUGGGUGAUCGUGGUCGCGCAGUUCGUCUACAUCUUGCGGUCGGAGCGCUGCCGCCGGACGUGGACCGGGUUCAGCUCGGCGGCCUUCUCGGACCUCUGGGACUUCUUCAAGCUCUCGGUGGCGUCCGCCGUCAUGCUCUGCCUCGAGACGUGGUAUUUUCAGGUGCUCAUCCUCAUCGCCGGUUUGCUGCCCGACCCGGAGAUCGCACUCGACUCUCUCGCUAUCUGUACAACGCUUCUUGGCUGGAUUUUCAUGGUGUCAGUAGGGUUCAACGCCGCAGUAAGUGUAAGGGUUAGCAAUGAACUCGGCGCCGGGCACCCAAGAUCAGCCGCCUUUACCGUGGUGGUGGCGACGGGAACGUCGUUACUUAUUGCGGCGGCAUUCGCCCUCGUCACCACCAUCCUCCGCCAUAAAAUCAGCUACGCCUUCACCUCCGGCGAGGUUGUGUCCAAUGCCGUCGCCGACCUUACGCCGCUCCUCGCCGGCGCCAUCGUUCUCAACGGAAUCCAGCCUGUUUUAUCCGGUGUUGCUGUUGGCUGUGGAUGGCAAGCAUUUGUUGCAUAUGUAAAUGUGGGUUGUUACUAUUUUGUCGGUAUCCCUCUUGGAGCCCUUCUUGGCUUCACUUUCAACCUUGGCGUCAAGGGAAUAUGGUCAGGGAUGCUUGGAGGCACGCUUAUGCAGACGGUAAUUUUGAUAUGGGUGACUGCUCGUACCGAUUGGAAUAAGGAGGUAACUAAUUAUAUUAUAUUUUGUUGCAUUUUUUUCAUUUUAAUUUCAUCAAUAGUAUUUAAAUAUUUGUCACGAUUUUCAAUUAAAUCUUGGGUCGUUGAGUAUUUUCUCUUACUUCUUUUUUACUCUCUUUUUUUUUCUGGGAAAAUUUGUGAUACAUGUAGUGGUCUAGCGAAUAGCGAUAGAGUGAUUAAUGUUGGAGCUAAUUUUUUGAGAUAACGUGAUCUUUAAAUU